CCGGGGCCGCGCCUGGCGGAGAUGGCGGCCGUGCUGCAGCAGCUCCUCGACCGGGCCGAGCUGGCCAAGCUGGCCAAGCCCGUGCAGGCCAAGCUGGAGAAGUUCCUGGCCGACCAGCAGAGCGAGAUCGACGGGCUCAAGGGCCGGCACGAGAAGUUCAAGGUCGACAGCGAGCAACAAUAUUUUGAAGUGGAGAAGAGGCUGGCCCAGUGUCAGGAACGACUCGUAAAUGAAACCCGUGAAUGCCAGAAUUUGCGGCUGGAGCUGGACAAGCUAAAUGCGAAUGUGAAGACGUUGACUGAGAAAAACCAGGAACUCGAGAGUGCUCAGGAUCGUCAUGUUUCUGUUCAGAACCAACUUACAAGAGCAAAGGAAGAACUGGAAGCUGAGAAAAGGGAUUUGAUUAGAACUACCGAGAGACGCUGUCAAGAAAUCGAAUACUUAACUGAGGACGUUAAACGCCUGAAUGAGAAACUUAAAGAAAGUAGCUCAUCAAAGGUAGAGCUCCAGUUAAAGCUGGAUGAGCUGCAAGCUUCCGAUGUCUCGAUAAAGUUUCGAGAGAAGCGCCUGGAACAAGAGAAGGAGUUACUACAGAAUCAGAAUACGUGGCUGAGUACUGAACUGAAAUCAAAAACUGAUGAACUCUUGGCCAUUGGCAGAGAAAAAGGAAAUGAAAUCCUGGAACUUAAAUGUAAUAUGGAGAACAAGAAAGAGGAGGUUUCCAGGAUGGAGGAGCAGGUGAAUGGCUUGAAAACAUCAAAUGAACAUCUACAGAAACAUGUGGAAGAGCUUUUGACUAAAUUGAAAGAGGCCAAAGAACAGCAAGCCAGCAUGGAAGAAAGAUUCCAAAAUGAACUAAAUGCUCACAUUAAGCUCUCCAACUUGUACAAGAGUGCUGCCGAUGAUUCAGAGUCAAAGAGCAAUGAGCUGACGCGAGCAGUGGAUGAGCUUCACAGACUUCUGAAAGAUGCUGGAGAAGCUAAUAAAGCAACCCAGGAUCAUUUGAUGGAAGUAGAAGAAUCUAAAAUGGAAAUGGAAAAAGAAAUGCGAGAGAAAACGGUCAAGUUAGAGAAAGAGCUAGAGAAUGCCAAUGACUUGCUUUCUGCUACAAAACGUAAAGGUGCGAUCCUUUCCGAAGAAGAGCUUGCGGCCAUGUCUCCUACUGCAGCAGCUGUAGCUAAAAUUGUCAAACCGGGAAUGAAGCUCACUGAGUUAUAUAAUGCAUAUGUAGAAACCCAGGAUCAGCUGCUGCUGGAAAAGCUAGAGAACAAGCGAAUUAAUAAAUAUCUAGAUGAAAUCGUUAAGGAAGUAGAAGCCAAAGCCCCGAUUUUGAAACGCCAACGUGAGGAGUACGAACGUGCCCAAAAGGCCGUGGCAAGUUUAUCUGCUAAGCUUGAGCAGGCAAUGAAGGAAAUUCAACGUUUGCAAGAAGAUACCGAUAAAGCCAACAAACAGUCAGCUGUGCUUGAAAGAGACAACCAAAGGAUGGGAGUACAAGUAAAAGAUCUUUCACAACAGAUAAGAGUGCUGUUAAUGGAGCUCGAAGAAGCGAGAGGCAAUCACGUAAUUCGAGAUGAAGAAGUGAGCUCUGCUGAUAUCAGCAGUUCAUCUGAAGUAAUAUCACAGUAUCUAGUUUCCUACAGAAAUAUCGAAGAACUUCAGCAACAGAAUCAGCGCCUUUUGGUAGCACUCCGAGAACUAGGGGAGACUAGAGAGAGAGAAGAACAAGAGACGACCUCUUCCAAGAUUACCGAGCUACAGAUCCAACUUGAGAGUUCGCUAACCGAAUUGGAACAACUGCGUGAGUCACGGCAUCAUCAGAUGCAGCUUGUGGAUUCGAUAGUCCGCCAGCGUGAUAUGUACCGGAUUUUAUUGUCCCAGACCACGGGAGUCGUCAUUCCACUACAAGCUUCAAACUUGGAGGAGAUUUCUUUGACGUCGACACCCAAACGUUCUUCAGCAGCGCCUCAGGCCAUCUCAACUCCAGCUCCAGGGUCUUUGAACGAGUCAGCCGAGGCCGUGGAAGCGAAGGCAGCACUCAAACAGCUGCAGGAAAUGUUUGAGAACUACAAGAAAGAAAAGGCAGAAAACGACAAAAUACAAAAUGAACAGCAUGAGAAACUUCAAGAACAAGUUACAGAUUUGCGGUCUCAGAACACCAAAAUAUCCACACAGCUCGAUUUUGCUUCUAAGCGAUACGAAAUGCUACAGGACAAUGUCGAGGGCUAUCGUCGGGAAAUAACGUCCUUACAAGAGAGGAACCAAAAGCUUACCGCAACAACUCAGAAGCAGGAACAGAUCAUCAAUUCGAUGACCCAAGACUUGAGAGGAGCAAAUGAAAAGUUAGCUGUAGCAGAGGUGAGAACAGAAAGCCUGAAGAAAGAAAAGGAAAUGCUGAAAUUAUCAGAAGUCCGUCUGUCUCAGCAGCGAGAGUCUUUGUUAGCAGAACAAAGGGGACAAAAUCUACUACUUACUAAUCUGCAGACAAUUCAGGGCAUCCUGGAGAGAGCGGAGACUGAAAGCAAGCAACGGUAUAAUAACCAGAUUGAUAAACUGGAGCGGGAGAUAUCCCAGUUAAAGAAAAAGUUGGAAAGUGAAGUAGAGCAAAGACAUACUCUUACCAGGAAUCAAGAUGUUCAUCUUUUAGACACAAAGCGACAGCUCGAGACGGAAAUGAGCCUCCAUUCAAAUACAAAAGAGCUAUUAAAAAAUUCGCAAAAAGAAAUUACUACGUUGAAACAGCAGCUUCAUAAUAUCGAAGCUCAGCUUGCCGCCCAGUCAGCCCAGAGAACUGGAAAAGGGAAGUCCAACAGUGAAGAUAUAGAUGAUCUUAGAAGCCAACUCAGACAAGCUGAAGAACUGGCUAACGACUUGAAGGAGCGACUCAAGACAACCACUAGUAAUGUGGAACAGUACCGAGCUAUGGUUCUGAGUCUGGAGGAAUCCCUUAAUAAGGAAAAACAGGUGACGGAAGAGGUCCGUAAGAAUAUUGAAGCCCGUUUAAAGGAUUCAGCCGAGUAUCAGGCACAGCUCGAAAAGAAGCUGAUGGAAGCUGAAAAGGAAAAACAAGAACUUCAAGAUGAUAAGCGAAAAGCUGUCGAGAGCAUGGAGCAACAGUUGGCGGAGUUAAAGAAAAGCCUCACUAAUGUUCAAAACGAAGUCCAAGAAGCUCUCCAGAGAGCAAGCGCAGCCUUAAGUAAUGAACAGCAAGCCAGGCGUGACUGUCAGGAACAAGCUAAAAUAGCUAUAGAAGCCCAGAAUAAGUACGAACGGGAAUUGAUGCUCCACGCGGCUGACGUUGAGGCCUUACAGGCUGCCAAAGAACAGGUCGGGAGGAACUCUGCCGUCCGACAGCAGUUGGAAGAAGUAGCCCAGAAAGCGGAAGCACAGUUGCUGGAGUGUAAAGCCUCUUGGGAGGAAAGGGAAAGAAUGUCAAAGGAUGAAGUUUCCAAGCAUGCGUCUCGCUGUGAGGAUUUAGAGAAACAAAACAGACUGUUGCAUGAGCAGAUUGAAAAAUUAAGUGACAAGAUGGUGACGUCUAUCAAAGAAGGUGUUCAGGGUCCAUUAAACGUUUCUCUCAAUGAAGAAGGAAAGUCUCAGGAGCAAAUCCUAGAAAUUCUCAGGUUCAUACGGCGAGAGAAGGAGAUUGCAGAAACCAGAUUUGAGGUAGCUCAGGUUGAGAGUUUACGUUACCGGCAACGGGUGGAGCUCCUGGAAAGGGAGAUUCAAGAACUCCAAGAUAGUCUGACUGCAGAGAGAGAGAAGGUCCAGGUGACCGCAAAGACAAUGGCUCAGCAUGAAGAACUAAUGAAGAAAACGGAAACCAUGAAUGUAGUUAUCGAGACCAAUAAAAUGCUGAGGGAAGAGAAGGAGAGACUGGAGCAAGAAUUGCAACAAAUGCAAGCCAGGGUUCGAAAACUAGAACUAGAUAUCCUACCCUUGCAAGAAUCAAAUGCCGAGCUGAGUGAGAAAAGUGGAAUGCUGCAGGCAGAGAAGAAAUUGCUAGAAGAGGAUGUCAAACGCUGGAAAGUGCGGACUCAGCAUCUAGUGAGUCAGCAGAAGGAUACAGAUCUUGAAGAAUGUCGCAAGCUGCUUUCAGAAAAGGAGGUCAACACCAAGCGCAUUCAACAGAUGACGGAAGAAACCGGCCGACUCAAAGCUGAAAUCGCAAGAUCAAAUGCGUCUCUGACCACUAGCCAGAACCUAAUCCAAAACCUAAGGGAAGAACUAAGUAAAAUACGAACCGAAAAGGAAACCCUUCAGAAGGACUUAGAUGCUAAAGUAGCCGAUAUACAAGAGAAAGUCAAAACCAUCACCCAAGUCAAGAAAAUCGGCCGCCGAUACAAGACUCAGUAUGAAGAGCUUAAGGCACAGCAUGAUAAGGUAGCCGAAAGUUCAGCUCAGUCUUCAGGAGAACAGCAAGAACAGCAGGCUUCCAUUCAAGAAAUGCAAGAGCUCAAAGAAACCCUCAACCAAGCUGAAAUGAAAACAAAAUCACUAGAGGGCCAAACAGAGAAUUUACAGAAGACGUUAUCUGAAAAGGAGAGUGAAGCUAAAGGCCUGCAAGAACAGAUAACCCAGCUGCAGUCUGAACUUUCCCGUCUUCAUCAAGAUCUGCAAGAUAGAACUGCCCUGGAGGAACAGCUCCGCCAGCAGAUAACUGAAAAGGAAGAGAAGACCAGAAAGGCUCUAGUAGCUGCCAAACAGAAAAUUGCUCAUAUAGCAGGUGUGAAAGAUCAACUGACUAAAGAAAAUGAGGAGCUUAAACAAAGGAAUGGGGCAUUGGAUCAGCAGAAGGAUGAGUUGGAUGUACGUAUGACUGCUCUAAAAUCACAGUAUGAAAGUCGCAUAAGCCGCCUGGAAAGAGAGCUUAGAGAACAGCAAGAGAGGCACCACGAACAACGAGAUGAGCCUCAGGAGUCCACAAGUAAGGUCCCUGAACAGCAGAGACAGAUCUCACUGAAAACCACUCCAGCUUCCGGGGAAAGAGGAAUUGCCAGCGCUUCCGAUCCACCGACAGCCAAUAUCAAGCCGACUCCCGUCGUGUCCACUCCGAGCAAAGUGACCGCCGCUGCCAUAGCUGGAAAUAAAUCAACGCCUCGAGCUAGUAUCCGUCCAAUGGUUACGCCGGCGACGGUUACCAAUCCGACCACCACCCCUACGGCUACCGUGAUGCCUACGACACAGGUGGAGACUCAAGAAGCUAUCCAGUCAGAAGGACCUGUGGAGCACGUUCCGGUCUUCGGAAGUACAAGCGGAUCGGUCCGUUCCACCAGUCCGAAUGUCCAGCCCCCCAUCUCUCAGCCCAUCUUGACAGUUCAGCAGCAGACCCAAGCCACGGCUUUUGUGCAGCCCACUCAGCAGAGUCUUCCUCAGAUGGAGCCGGCCAACCAAGAACUCUCCCCCAGCAUUGUGGAGGUGGUACAGAGCUCACCAAUCGAGAGGCCCUCCACUUCCACCGCCGUAUUCGGCACAGUUUCAGCCACCCCAAGUUCUUCGUUGCCGAAGCGCGCCCGAGAGGAGGAAGAUGAGAGCGCAAUUGAAAACUCAGACCAGGUCUCCGAGGAGACAGUGGAUCUGCCUCUCCCGAAGAAAUUGAAAAGCGUGCCUCCUGUGGGAACUGAGGAGGACGUUAUGGCGGAAGAAAGCACUGAUGGGGAAGUAGAGACUCAAACCUUCAAUCAAGAUUCCCAAGAUUCCAUUGGAGAAGGAAUCUCCCAGGGAGACUAUACACCCAUGGAGGACACUGAAGAAAACUCUCAAUCUCUACCAUUGGAUCUUGGGCCUCAGUCAGAGCAGCAGACCACUACGUCGUCCCAAGACGGCCAGCCCAAAGGAGAUGAUGUUAUUGUAAUCGACAGUGAUGACGAAGAUGAUGACGAUGAGGAAAACGACGGCGAGCAAGAGGAUUAUGAAGAUGAGGAGGAAGAUGAAGAUGAUGACGACGAAGACACAGGAAUGGGAGAUGAAGGUGAAGAUAGUAAUGAAGGAACUGGUAGCGCUGAUGGCAAUGAUGGAUAUGAAGCUGAUGAUGCUGAGGGCGGCGAUGGUACUGAUCCCGGUACAGAAACGGAGGAAAGCCUGGGUGGUGGAGAAAGCAAUCAGAGGGCUGCAGAUUCUCAAAACAGUGGUGAAGGAAGUGCAGGUGUUGCCGAGUCUUCUUUCUCCCACGAGCAGCAGCCGUCGUCAGCAUCGGAAAGACAGGCUCCUCGAGCACCUCAGUCACCCCGCAGACCCCCACACCCGCUCCCUCCAAGGCUCACUAUCCACGCUCCACCCCAAGAGCUGGGACCACCCGUGCAGAGAAUCCAGAUGCCAAGGCGGCAGUCAGUGGGGCGUGGACUUCAAUUGACCCCUGGAAUCGGUGGCAUGCAGCAACAUUUUUUUGACGACGAGGACAGAACCGUUCCAAGCACUCCGACUCUUGUGGUGCCGCAUCGAACAGAUGGUUUUGCAGAAGCAAUUCAUUCACCUCAAGUGGCCGGUGUUCCUCGGUUCCGAUUUGGUCCCCCCGAAGACAUGCCACAGACAAGCUCCAGCCACUCGGACCUUGGCCAGCUGGCAUCUCAAGGAGGUUUAGGAAUGUAUGAAACACCUCUCUUCCUUGCUCACGAAGAAGAAUCCGGUGGCCGUAGUGUCCCGACGACUCCUCUCCAAGUAGCAGCUCCGGUGACAGUUUUUACUGAAAGCACUACCUCUGAUGCUUCAGAACACGCCUCUCAGUCUGUUCCGAUGGUGACGACGUCGACCGGCAAUUUAUCAACCACUGCUGAAUCAGGAGGAGGGGAUGACGGAGAUGAGGUGUUUGUGGAGGCAGAAUCCGAAGGGAUCAGUUCUGAAGCUGGCCUAGAAAUCGAUAGUCAACACGAGGAAGAACCGGUGCAGGCGUCUGAUGAGUCGGAUCUGCCUUCCACCAGCCAAGAUCCUCCGUCCAGUUCGUCAGCAGAUACCAGCACCAGUCAACCGAAGCCUUUCAGGCGAGUCAGGCUUCAGCCACAGACACUGAGAACAGGGGUCCGGGGUCGUCAGUUUAACCGUCAGAGAGGUGUUACCCAUGCAAUGGGAGGCAGAGGUGGACUAAACAGAGGGAAUAUUAGUUAAAAGUCCUGUAAAAUAAUCUCCGGAGCUGUGAAUACAAGUGGCGGAUCGGCUUUCUUUUAGAGUAAUCUACUGCUGCGCGUCAAAGCAUUUUAUACUUAAAUCGGUAUGCAAACAUUUCAACCCCUUUAUUAAUAAAAUUAGACUCGUUAGUGAAAA